AGAAAUAGGGUUGAAACUGCGGAGUGCAGGUCCACUGUCAGCAUCUCACUACAGAAGCCCCAGUUACCCUAGCGACACCGAGGGACAGCUGCUGUUUGUACCACAAGUGAGAGUCCUGGCUCCUUUCUCAUCAGCUACCAAAUCUCCUUUGCCACUGCAGAAAUCUCUUCAUAGGAACAGUAUAUUGAAGAGAAUGUCUGGAAGCUUCUACUUUGUAAUUGUUGGCCACCAUGAUAAUCCAGUUUUUGAAAUGGAAUUUUUGCCAGCUGGGAAAGCAGAAUCGAAAGAUGAUCAUCGCCAUUUGAACCAGUUCAUAGCUCAUGCUGCUCUUGAUCUUGUGGAUGAAAAUAUGUGGCUUUCAAACAAUAUGUAUUUGAAAACUGUGGACAAAUUCAAUGAGUGGUUUGUGUCAGCAUUCGUCACUGCAGGGCAUAUGAGAUUUAUUAUGCUUCAUGAUAUAAAGCAAGAAGAUGGAAUAAAGAACUUCUUCACUGAUGUCUAUGAUUUAUACAUAAAGUUUGCAAUGAAUCCAUUUUAUGAACCCAAUUCUCCUAUUCGAUCAAGUGCAUUUGACAGAAAACUUCAGUUUCUUGGGAAGAAGCACCUUUUAAGCUGAAUGCAGAAAAAUACUGAAAAAAAAACAAUGUCAUUACAAUGGAGAAUACUCAGGAAUGUGUGUAUUGUGGCUUGAUCUUGAUGUAACAAUUCAGAAACAAAUGUUAAGAUUUGGUAGAUUUCAAUCUAAAAAGUUUUUGCAGAAGUGAGCAGGGUACUGGUGGCUCAUAACUUCUAGCUACUCAAGAGGCUGAGAUCUGAAGAUUGAGGUUCAGGGCUAGC